AAAAAAAGUUUUCAAAAAUGCCAAGAAGAAGUGGAUCAGCAUCAAGAUCAACAGCUAGCCCAUCAAGAAGCACAGCAACAGCUGCUAGACCAGCUCCAUAAGUUUAAGCUCCUCUUUAAGCUCCAGCAAAAUCUGGAGGUAUGUUUUCAGGACUUGGAUCAACUUUGAUGUAAGGAAUGGCCUUUGGAGCAGGUUCAGAAGUAGCUCAUUAAGCAAUUAGAUCUGUAAUGGGUGGAUCAAGUAUAAUUAAAAAUUUAAUUUAAAUAGGUCAUUCUUAACCAGCUGAAUAAUAAACUCAAUAAUAAGCUCCUCAAUAAUAAUAAUAAACUUGUUAGAGUGAAAGCCAAAUGUUUUCUAAUGUAAGAUUUUCAAUUAAAUUUUUAGUGUUUAUAAACUAACUAAGAUAUCACAAGAUGUCAACCAUAUAUGGAUAUAUUCAAAGAAUGCUAAAAGAAAUACAACUUAUGAUGAUUUAUUAUAGAUUUAAAUAGCAAUAAUUAUAUAAUAUAU